GAGCAGAGACAGAUACAGGGAGUGUGAGGAGAAGUGACAUUAUUACACACACAGCCCACACUUUUACUGCCCUUCCUGCUGCACUACAACUCCCAGCAUCCCCUCUCACACACACUCCCCUCAGCAGCAACUCCUCCCCACACGUCACUCCUCUACAGCUCCAGCCACUCCCGCGGGGCGGGACACAGAUAGGCGGAAUGGCUCUCCUCCCAACAUGCAUUGCGCCCAGCAGCACCGGAAGCCGCUGGAACCUGGACGGAAGCGGAAGCUCAGUUCGCUAAGAAGCAGACACCAUGUCUCCGGUGGGCAAGGUGACAUUUGAGGAGGUGUCUGUGUAUUUCUCUCCGGGGGAGUGGGCGUGGCUGAGGGAGGAGCAGAAGGAGCUGUAUAAGGAGGUGAUGUUGGACAAUUAUCAGCUGGUGCUGUCUGUCUGUCGGCCUGACAUCAUUUCCAGGAUUGUGCUGGGGGAGGAGCCGUGUAUCAGCAGUGGGCGGAGCAGUAGUACAGACAUUGGGCCAACCAGUGAAACGCUGCUGCCAAUGGGGCCAACUCCAGAGCUGAGGCAAGUGAAGCAGAAGAGAAGAUACCCAAUGGUGAACCCACUCCGCUGGCUGAAGAGGAAAAAGAAAUGGAGGCACAGAAGAAGCAGAAGGCACGACAGCUCAAAGCAGAUUCAGCAUGAAGAAUCUAAUCAGUACAAAGCAGCACAGGGGAACUAUACAAGAAACAGUGCUGAGUACAACAAUAACUGCACAUUGACCCUUCCAAGCACAACCAGUGAGACAUAUACAGAUCAAAGCCAGGAAAUACAAAGGCCAGUAGAGACCAAAAAGCAGUACUUCACUGCUGCACAACCCUCCGCAUCAUCCCCAGGACCAGACAUGAAAUCUGGGCUCUACUCAAUGCUCUCUAUGAGGAAGGAGGUUGAGGAAGAUCAAGACAAGGCAGAUGCAUCCACACUGGGCUCAGACAUAUCUGCCAGUCUGAGUCUAGGAGCAAAAACUGACGUAACUCUCCUGAGUGAAGGACAGGGACUUUGCUGUAAGUCAAUCCCAUUGGUCCAAACAGAAGAAGAAGGUUUUGUUAUACCCAAAGAUAAAGGUGUACAAAGUUCUUGUGAUGGGAAUGUGAUGUAUGAAGGUAUUAAAAUAGAAAAGGACAACUUUAAAAACAUUACCCUGAGGGAAAGUGAGGAAGAAUUGGGCAAUGUGGAGAGGCAGUUGAAGAAAGAACCUACUGAUAAGGCUGUUCAAACUGAUGGAGAAGAUGAAUUUAGCCCUGGAACUCACAAGUACAGAUUAUGGUGCCAGAAGCACAGGAAACAUAAGUUUGAUAAAAUCUCCAAAAACAGAUUUCAACUCCACAGAGAGAAACACGUUACGUUUAAUGAGGUGGUCACCAUGUUUAUAUUUGAAGCAUGUGGUGGGAAUAUCGCUAUUAAACCAGGUGGCAGAGGAGAAAAACCCAGAAAGAGGAGAAGUCCAUCUAUCAGAAGUCCAGCUCUGGAACAUGUGACUCCAGACACACAAAGUUAUCCAUGUGCCAGUAUGGGAACACCAGAGACACAGAAGAGCUCACAGUCACGAGAACAUCAUCCAAUAGUGGUGGUUGAACAACAGAGGAAAGAAGGAUCUGAAACCCAGAGAUACAAGACAAAAAUAGAAGAUUUGGAAGAGAGGGAAGGUUUAUCUGCAGUUUUGAGUGAACACAACUCAAACAUUAAGAGCUCUGGUAUAACACUGAGCAGUGGAGCACAAACAGCUCAACAUAAAGAGGAACAUAAAGAGGAACAUGAAGGGGAACAUGAAGAAGAACAUAAAAAAGAAGCAAGGGGCAGUACUGAGCAACCUCAAAGCACUGGGCCAUACAAUGUGAGAGAACAGAACAGUCGGGCAGAGAUUCCACAUACCUCCAGGGAUGUCCCUAGUCAAUCCCAAGCCAAUCAGUAUCUGCAUGCAGUUAUUUCUCACAGCAACCACACUGAAAUAACUCCACAUCAUGUGGACAACCCAACCCAAUAUAGCGACCUGUUUGUUCAACCUUAUUCCUGUGUUAAAUGUGGAAAAAUGAGUCACUGGUUCAAGCUCAAAGCCCACCAACAAGCCAAUACUGAAAGGGCACCAUAUAUAUGCCCAAGGUGCUCCAUGCCCAGUGGGCAGGAUUCUAAGGCAAGACUUCUUCCAAAUAAGAUAAUUAGCACAGAAGGAGCUGAGGGUCUCACUAGUGGUGGGUCACAGCAGACAGUGCAGCAAGAUCAUCAGGGCAGUUGGACUGAUAAUUGCAGUAAAGUGAAAUGUGAAAGCUUCGAAAGAAACAGCGAUUGCAAAACAGUCAGACCUAACAGUUCUGGCAUAUGCAGUAUGAAUUCUAAUACUCACAGCACUGGUCUUGAAAAUAUAAGUAUGGGCCAAGCAGGUCUCCUCUCAGUACCAAAUGUUUAUGGAGCAAAUAAAUUCCAGUCUUGUAGUAAAUGUGGGAAAACCCUCAAUUCUGUAAGUCUUAUGUCUCCAAAUAAAUCUGAAGCCAAAAGUCAAGAUAGUAUCUGUGGGAAAUGCAAGCUAACAUGGGGUCAUGUGGUGCAGCUAACUCCUGGUACAAACAUCAGAACCUUCCACCAUAAUGAACACCAUGAUGUUUCACCAGGAAGUGCUGGUGCUAAAAAAAACUCUUACAAUGAGAAUAAAACUUUUGUUUUACAACAGAGACAGUCCAGUCAAGGUUUGGAAUCUGAAAGCUUCAGACAUGGUCCUGAUGCAUGGACUGGCUAUACCUUCCCUCAGAAUCCUGGAAGUCCUAGUAACAAUGCAGAAGAACACAAGGAUCAAUGGGCCAGCCCUAAUAACUGUGCAGGUAGCAGCUCUGAUGACUUCAGAUAUGAUUCAAGCUCUUCGAGUGGUUGUUUUAGAAAUACCUCUCCUCUAAAAGCUACAAGCAGAGUAAAAAAGGGCUUUCCUAUAGAAAGUCAGCAACAUGAGGCCAGAUCCACGGAUCAGUGUUUCCUAGAUUUGACAUCUAAGCAAAAUGGGGCAAUGCCCAACCCUGACCAAUGUAUAAAACUAGAGGAGGAAUAUGAUAUCUGUGUAGGGGACUUUAAGAGUGCCACCCAGCUUACUGAGCACAUGAUCCAUCAGAAGGAAUGCCAAGAAGCUGUGGGUGUUUCUUUAGUGAAGAAGACAAGAUGUUCCUCAGAGCGGGAACCUUAUAUGUGCAAAGUGUGUGGGAAGGUCUUCACUCGGAAUUCCACUCUUGUGCAGCACCACAGCAUCCACACCGGGGAGAAACCAUUUAGUUGCCAGGAGUGUGGCAAAUGCUUCCGGGAUACUAACAACCUGAAGGUGCACAUGAGGUCCCACACCAAGGAGAAACCCUACACUUGCCUGGAGUGUGGCAAGACAUUUGGCCAGACCUCUGCCCUGGCGGUGCAUCAGAGAACCCACACGGACGAACGACCCUUUCACUGCACCGACUGUGGGAAAAGCUUCACCGAUCGCUCCACGCUCCUUCAGCACCAGAGGAUCCACACCGGGGAGAAACCCUUUGCCUGCUCCUUUUGUGGGAAAAGAUUCACCCAGCAGGCUCACAUUGGGCGGCACGAGAAGAUCCACACGGGGGAGAGACCCUUUGGGUGCACAGUGUGUGGGAAACGGUUCAUAGACCGCUCCAAGCUCAUUAAACACGAGCGAAUACACACUAGAGUAAAAGUCUGAAUACUACUAGUAAAUGGCGUGUAACUUAGGGACAGUAUCCUGUAGGGACCAGCUUCAGGGUCAUCAGUUAAUAUUGUAGGCGCCCAGUUUGAGGGUUAUCAGUGCAUACUGUAGGUGCUCUUUUUGAGGUUUAUCAGUGAAUACAGUAGCACCCUGCAUGAGAGUUAUCAGUGAAGGCUACUGUAUAUGGAGUUUGAGUGGGAGGCUGGUGCACAUCGAGUGCAACUCUCAGGGUAACAGAAGCAUCAGUCACUUUUUACUGAUUUUAUCUUAAUUUAUUUAUACCCUUGAAGGGACAAACCUUUUUAUUAUAAAGCAAUUGUUUGAAAUGAAAUGAUGAACUCUGUGUAAACAAUCCCCUCCCUACACCCUUUUCUUGUGACUGUUUUGGCUUUCAGAUUCCCCUCAGGUCUCCUCUGCCCUUGGGUUGUUAUAACGUUGCAGUCACAGUGAUGGGUGUAUCAUUAGCCUUAAUGAGUGUGAGCUCACAGGCCUAAUGGUGCAAUUAUUCGUGCUGAGACGAUCCUUCUCGGAAUCCCUUGGCAGCUACUGCCCCACAGCGGGUGUAACAAAACUGCACAUCUCAACUGUUUUGCCUUAAAACUGACUGUGAUUCCAGAAAUCUGUAUAACAGAACCUCAAUCCUGUGUUUAAUAGACUCCUCUUUCCAUUCGUUUCCAUCAGUGCAGCCGAGAGAGGCCUUAUUCAGAUUUAUUAGUAGAGAAAGGAAAGGAAUCACAUUUUGAGAUGUUUUCUGGAUACAGAAAUAUAUAUUUAUUGAAUAUGGAAUUUUUUUUAUUAUAAAAACAAGGAUUUGAAGCUAAAAUGGGUGAAUGUGUGGGGGGGAGAGUAAAGGAGACAUCAGUACAUGUGUUGGUGUCACUUUAUUGUGGGGCAGGAGCAGAAGCAAUUUGGACCCAUGAAUCUCCCCUAUUGUUGUCAUUGGGCAUUGCUUGGCCAGCAGAGUUUUAUUGUCAAUAUAAUGGGCAAAUACAUGGAAUUCAAUGAGAAAAACUUCUCUCUGUUUAUCACAGGAAAAUGCUAAGGAGGUUAAGUAAUAAAAGGCACUAUGUUGCCUAGGAGCAGUAAUCCAUAGCAACCAAUCAGCAGGGAGCAUUAUCUGUAUAAAAGCAAAUAUCUUGGGUUACUGCUCCUGGGGAAACAUAUGGGGGUCACAGAGAAACUCAACUGUUAUGUCAGAUAUACAGAGACACAGAAAGUAAUUGUCAGCUCUCGUGUAACUCAUGAUGUGGCGUUGAGCAGCUCCCGUAGACACCAUUGUCCCCACGUGAGGAAUAAACCACAUUCUGGAGUUGAGCAGCUGCCGAAAACGAUAAAAAGCCAAUAUUCGUACAGAAAGAAAAUGUGUUUGUCUCCAGCCUUCUUCAUAAUUGUCCUUUUCAGAGCCCCACAUUGGCCCCACCAAAUGUACCCCGAUAGUUAAAUGGCAGCAAUGUACUUCACUUAACCCCACAUAUAAUCUCAUGGAGUAAGUGGAGGAAGGGUGUUGCAGAACUAUAACACUCAGAUUGAGCAAAGCAAUUGGGCACCAAUGGUUCAUAAAGUGAUACUGACCCUAAAAAACAACUUUUUAAAAUCUGAAUGUACAUUAAAAGUUACCUAUAGGUCAUGUUGAUCGUUUUUUGCUGAGAGGUUUGUUUUUGUAAUUGUUACUUGAAGUUCCUUGACCCGACUGUCCCUUCUUAACCUGUCAGUUAGAGUUUCUAAUGCUAACGGACCCCUGCUGCACAAAUAUGGCCGCCCCCUUAUACAGGAAUAUGGGGCAUUAGACCGGUAAUUAGGGAUGCGCGAAUUUGACCUGUUUUGCCAAAAAUUCCGCGCCGGCAAAAUGUCGCCGACUCCCAUUAAAGUCUAUGGGCAUCAAAAAAAAUUUGUCGUGCGGUGAAACUUUUUUGACGUGUCUUUUUUUUUUUUCGCCGUACGACGCCAUACAAGUCUAUGGGCGUCAUUUCUGCAGCAAAACAAGGCAAAAAUUUUGCCCAUCCCUGCAGGUAAUAUAAAAACAUUGUGCAAGUGCUUUAUGGCAAAGUUAAAAGUAGUUUUCAAAGGCAAUAUUGUGAUAGAUGUAAGAAAAAAUGUUUAAUUUCUGGUGUCAGUGUCUCUUUAAAACAACUGAAGACUCUUUAUUCACAGGAUUCAAAUAGAAGCUCCUCUCGCACUCCAUGGCCUACGUGUUGAUUGGCUGCUGCACGGUGACAAAGGGGUCGGCACCCUCCAACUGCAAGUGGCUAUGAAAUCCCUGGCACUCAAGGGCAGGGACAGUCACUUGUGUUUUAUUAGCAGAAAAUGCGACAUUUUGGGGGUCAGGCCCCUUUAUCAAGCAUAACAUUUCUGUUGUGAGAGAAGUAUUAGCAUAAGUAACAAAAAAAUUAACCCCACAAGUGAAAAACAAGUGAAUUGUACAAAAAUAGAUAAAAUGUUUUUCAAUCCGGUUGGGCACUUUUCACUCUACAAACCAGACAGAUUGCAACUCUACACAAUAUUCUGCCCCUCAGCUCAGUCAAUGAGCAGCAAAUUUGUUCAAUAGAAAGGGACCAGCAAA